AUGCCAGUGAAGAGAGAAUACUGUCCCGACUCUGAUCAACUUUUAUCGGACGCCGAUAUCAAGCCUUCCAACACCCACACACCUACCAAAAACAAGAAAUUCAAAGCAGACGUCAAUACUCCCACCCAGUCAAUGGCGAAGAAACCGAAAGUCCAGCUCAAUACCCCAGGUAGAAAGAUGGGAUCAUGGAGUGGAGAAGAGUUAAAGUUGCUCUAUUCCAUCGUGUGUCCCAAGAAGACUGGUAUCAACUGGAACGAAGUUGCCAGUCAAAUCAAAGGUCGAGAUGCCAAGUCUUGUAACAAUAAAUGGACGAGAAUCCAAAAUAAGAUUCUUCAAGCUAUUGAAGAUAUGGGGGAAUGA